GUCGUCGCCACAGGAAGUCAGUUUCCUCUUUUGCAGAAAGCUAACGCUACAAUUAUAACGUUCCCCUGCUUCAUACUGACACACUGAAUUUAUUUAUAUUUAUGACAGACUUGAAAAAGCAACGUUUAAGCGUUGUUUGUGAUAGUAUCGAGGCAUUUGUAGCCAGUUAGGAUUACGAUUGUAGCGUUGUGAAAGCAACAAUAAGCUAAGGUAGUAAUUGCAACAACCUUUUUAUUUAUCUAAGUUACCAACGUUGGUCUGAAGCCUUUUCUCCAAAAUGAUGAACUAUUCUGACUACGACUCUGAUGGAUACUCCUCUAAUGAAGAUGCAGACUACGUCCCAUCAGAUGAUAACCUCAGCGAGGAUGACAUUAAUGAGUGCGAAAAGGAAGACCCUCUGCACGGGGAUGAUGAUGUGCCGCAUCCUGACAAUGUUAGCAAGAAGAAGAGGAAGAAAAAGGACAUCAGUAUGAGAAAGAGGAAGAAAGGAGUACUGAAGGUAGACCAGGAAGAGACGUGUGGAGACGGAGCGGAGGAGGGACAGCCUCCACAGGAAGAGGUGGCAAAACCCGCUGAGGUACAGAAGGAUGAUGAUGACAGACAGAAGAAGAAAUCAGAUGACCUUUGGGCAAGUUUCCUGUCUGAUGUUGGAUCCAGGCCCAAAGAAUCAGCACCCGCCUCACAAUCAAAUACCACACAGAAGGAUGAUUCCUCAGUAUUGAAGGUUGCACCUUUGAGUACAGAAACAAAAGCCUCAGAACCUGCUAAAGUCACCAUCACUAAAGUUUUUGACUUCGCUGGAGAAGAAGUUAGGGUGAAUCAAGAGGUGUCAGCAGACUCCAGAGAAGCUAAGAGUUAUCUGAAGAGCCAGAGCACCAAACCGGAGGAGAAUGGUGACGAAGAGAAGAGGUCAUCGGCCAGCCAAGCGCAUCUUCCUGGCCCCAGGUACCCACACACGUCUUUACAUAACAUAACAUUCAACCCCAACACCAACAUAUACAGAUGAAUUCAUGAUGAAUGA